AUGUAUUUGAAAACCAGUCUAAAUCUGAAAUUGAAAUUGGCUGUAGGACUAAAUACAGACGACGACAGUAUAAUUGCAACUCCGAAGGGUCUAUGUCUUUCUCAUCAGUUUAAAGAAAUAUUUGUAUUCAAAAGCACCGCAGACAUCAUGAAAGUUAUCCCUGACUAUAAACCAGGUAAUGGCAUUCAACUCUCCCAUCCAGUUAAAUGGUCUACAUUGAUCAAGCAUAUGAGUGUUCCAAAACUGGACCCCGAAGAAAAUAGCGCUCUGAGUCCUCGAGUUCUUGAGAAUAAAUUGAAACAUCUGCCUCAAGUGCGUUAUCAAAAACAGGCACCUUCAAAGAAGGGGCUGUCCUCUUUGUUUUCACCAGCUAAGAUUCAUUAG